UGGUUCCAUGGGAUUGCUGACCUGGGUUGCUGUUGGCAGCCCGAGAACGCCGGGGCAGAGCUCAAGGAUGGGCAGCACCACUACGAGGGCGCGGUGGUGAUCCUGGACGCGGGCGCGCAGUACGGCAAGGUGAUCGACCGGCGCGUGCGCGAGCUCUUCGUGCAGUCCGAGAUCUUCCCGCUGGAGACGCCGGCCUUCGCCAUCCGCGAGCAGGGAUUCCGAGCCAUCAUCAUCUCUGGAGGACCAAACUCUGUGUAUGCAGAAGAUGCUCCGUGGUUCGACCCAGCCAUAUUCACAAUAGGAAAACCCGUGCUUGGGAUCUGCUAUGGGAUGCAGAUGAUGAACAAGGUGUUUGGAGGGACGGUGCACAAGAAGAGCGUUCGGGAGGAUGGAGUGUUCAGCAUUACCCUGGACAACACCUGCUCACUCUUCAGGGGCCUUCAGAAGGAAGAGCUUGUGCUCCUCACUCAUGGAGAUAGUGUUGAUAAAGUUGCUGAUGGAUUCAAAGUGGUGGCACAGUCUGGGAACAUCAUAGCAGGCAUAGCAAAUGAGUCCAAAAAGCUCUAUGGAGCACAGUUCCACCCUGAGGUGAGCCUGACAGUGAACGGGAAAAUGAUCCUGAAGAAUUUCCUGUACGACAUCGCGGGCUGCAGCGGCACCUUCACCGUGGAGAACAGAGAGCUCCAGUGCAUCCAGGACAUCAAAGAGAAAGUGGGCUCCUCAAAGGUGCUGGUGCUGCUCAGCGGGGGCGUGGACUCCACGGUGUGCACGGCGCUGCUGAACCGCGCCCUGAACCGCGAGCAGGUCAUCGCCGUGCACAUCGACAACGGCUUCAUGCGCAAGAGGGAGAGCCAGGCCGUGGAGGAGGCCCUCAAAAAGCUGGGCAUCCAAGUCAAAGUGGUGAAUGCAGCCCAUUCAUUCUAUAAUGGCACAACAACUCUGCCCAUCUCAGAUGAGGACAGAACCCCACGUAAAAGAAUUAGCAAGACCUUAAAUAUGACCACGAGUCCUGAAGAAAAGAGGAAAAUUAUCGGUGACACCUUUGUUAAGAUUGCCAACGAGGUCAUCGGGGAGAUGAACCUGAAACCCGAGGAGGUUUUUCUUGCCCAGGGCACCCUCAGGCCUGACCUCAUCGAGAGUGCCUCUCUGGUGGCCAGUGGCAAGGCUGAGGUGAUCAAAACCCACCACAACGACACCGAGCUGAUCCGCAAGCUGCGCGAGGAGGGUAAAGUAAUAGAACCACUGAAAGAUUUUCACAAGGAUGAAGUGCGAGUGCUGGGAAGGGAGCUUGGUCUUCCUGAAGAGCUGGUUUCCAGGCAUCCCUUCCCAGGUCCUGGGCUAGCAAUCAGAGUGAUCUGUGCUGAGGAGCCUUAUGUGUGCAAAGACUUCCCAGAGACAAACAACAUCCUGAAAAUCGUGGCAGAUUUUUCUGCGAGUGUGAAGAAGCCUCACACGUUGCUGCAGAGGGUGAAGGCGUGCACGAGUGAGGAGGACCAGGAGAAGCUGAUGCAGAUCACAAGCCUACAUUCACUGAAUGCCUUCUUGCUCCCAAUCAAGACUGUGGGAGUGCAGGGUGACUGUCGCUCGUACAGCUACGUCUGUGGCAUCUCCAGUAAAGAUGCUCCACACUGGGAGUCAUUGGACAGGCACUCUGGUUUGUUGUGUGUGUGUUGCAGAGUGGUGUACGUGUUUGGCCCCCCUGUCAAGGAGCCCCCCACGGAUGUCACCCCCACCUUCCUGACCACGGGAGUCCUCAGCACUUUACGUCAGGCGGACUUUGAGGCUCACACCAUUCUCAGGGAGUCUGGCUACGCUGGGAAGAUCAGCCAGAUGCCAAUAAUCCUGACCCCGCUGCAUUUUGACCGGGACCCCCUGCAGAAGCAGCCCUCGUGCCAGAGGUCCGUGGUCAUCAGGCCCUUCAUCACCAGCGACUUCAUGACGGGCAUCGCCGCCACGCCGGGCAGCGAGGUGCCCGAGGAGGUUGUGUUGAAAAUGGUGGCAGAGAUCAAGAAGAUCCCUGGCAUCUCUCGGGUGAUGUACGACUUGACAUCAAAGCCACCGGGAACUACGGAGUGGGAGUAAUUAACUUUUCCCUAUCCAAGUACUGUGUGCAGUCUAAACCAUAUCAGAAACCAUUCCCAGUGUUGACAUGCAGUACUGUGAAAGAGUGACUGGAGCUGCUACAUCGCAUCAGAUUCCUCUCCUGGAGCAGAAUCCUGCAGCUGAGAGCUGUGCUGGGGAUGAGAGCGGCGUGGGGCUGAGGAUUGUACGGGUAAAUGACGGUGGCAGCGCUGCCGGGCCAGGCCCCUCUGCUUUGCCUUUGUCUUUCCAGUCCCCCCGUGUUCCCCGUGUUCUGUUACCUGUCAUUUCGGUGUCUCUUUGUUUUUGUACACUGUGUAAAAAGAGACAGUUUAUUUACUUCUUACCAAAAGCAUUGUUACGGCCCAAACAUGUAAGAGGAGUUAAUUCUUUGUGACCAACCGCUUUGGGACGGAUUUAUUAUAAAUAAAUAUUUUGCCAAAUGGAGUAGUGGGUACUGUGGAGUGGCUGUGUAUGUUCUGUCCCCUUGUCCUGGGCUGCCUGGCAGUGGGGCUGAGCAGUGCUGGGCUGCCCUGUCCGUGUGUCUGUCCCUGCUGGGUGCAGCUCCAGCCCCGGGGUGCUCCGGGAUGGCAGAAGGACAAACCUGGCAUGAGGCUGCUCCUGGCUCUGCCUCCUGCGUGUCCCCAGCGCUGCCCCGGCCUUGGAGACAGUUUAUUUUCCACACCUUCGCUCUGACAGGGGUUUUUUGGGGUGUGUUGUGCUUAGCUGGGUCUGUGAGAUCAUUCUGGGUGUUAGUGUGGGGUCCUGGGGCGGGGUGAGCUCCCCAUCCUCACAGCCCCUCCUGUCACCCGUGUUCUGCUGUUGGUAGUGAAGCAAUAAAUAAUCUGAGUGCUUACUGGGCAGGAGCUUUCUGAUGGUUUGA